AUGGCCAUUGGUGGAGGAGUGGGAGGAAGCAUCGGAGGUGGGUUUGGCAAGGGUGGUAGAUUCGGUGAAGGUGUCAGCGGUGGCUCUGGAGGUGGUUUUGGUAGUGGUGGUGGGCUGGUAGAGGGGGUUGAUUUUGCGGUGGUGGUGGAAAAGGUGGUGGGAUUGGUGGGUGAUCUCAUUGAGCGUGCUAUAUUUGGAAUUGGCGGAGGAGUGGGAGGAGGCUUAGGAGGUGGGUUUGGCAAGGGUGGUGGAUUCGGUGAAGGUGUCUGGGGUGGCUCUGGAGGUAGUUUUGGAGGUGGUGGUGGGGCUGGCAGAGGUGGUGGAUUAGGCGGCGGUGGCGGAGGAGGUUGUGGGAUUGGUGGGGGAUCUCAUUUAACGUGCUUCAUUACAUGGCCACCUUUUUUCUUUUCUCGUUUGAUUAUGUACGUGAAAUGCUAUCUCAUUGUUAGAUUUUAA